AUGUCGAUUGUCUUACUUAGGAAUGAAACCCGUACUCUCGCGCUGAAACAUGCGUCUCGAUCACUGAUAGUGCCUACAUUACCUGCGAACUCAAUAAAACUCGGGAUCCGUACCUUUUCAACGACUUUGCAAUUCCACAAAGACUGGGAUGAUAGGAGGAAAGCUUAUAAGAAGAAAUACGACGACGACGAGAAAGGUGGUGUGAGGAAAGAUUAUAAGCACAAAUAUGACGAUAGAGAAAGGUGGUGUGGGAAAGAUUAUAAGAAGAAAUAUGAUGAUGAGAGGGGUGGUGUGGAGAAAGCUUAUAAGAAGAGAGAUGAUAAUGAGAAAGGCGGUGUAAGGAAAGGCGAAUCUCUCGCCAACGCUGAACCUGUGCCAUGGCAUUAUGAAAAUGUCUCCACUCCUCCUGUCGACAAACAAGAUAAGCCCAGCGUCAAAGAGAAAGGAAAGCUUCUAUCAACGCCUUCACGCCUCUUCAAGCUUCUCCUACCACUCAAGAAUAUCAACAAUGCAAAGCAGCAUGACCGGCCCGUCGAACCACUCGCAUUACUAGUACACCCACGACAACCGCUGUCAUACCUUGAACGUCUCAUACAAUCCGAACUACCGCCCAUCCAGCCGGAGAAUGGAGGGCCGGUUCGCCCCCCCGAGAUCGCGUUCAAGGCUGUUAACGUCGGAGACGCCCUCAUGUCCGAGCGUGACAGCGAGGGGAACGCAAGCAAAGCUGAAAUGUUCCUCCGUGGUGAUGAGGGGGAGGGUGGAGUCGAGACUGGAGGCGGACUGGGGAAAUUCUCUACCGAGCCGAAAUCAGGGGAGGGGGGGCUAGUUCGGUGGUCUACCAGUACGGAGCUGGGUGACUUUGUUAGGGAUGCAGCGCGUGGGAAGGAGUUCAUCAUUGAGGUCGAGAAAAAUGAGAGCGUGGCAGUGGGCGUGCCGAGCUUUCAUCAGCGUACGCAUUAUCAGCGCCAGAAGCUGUUGGAAAUAACGAGGCAGAUAGCUGCUGAGGGGAAACUGAAGGACGAGUGUGAUAAAUUGGCGCACAGGGGCGCACAGAGGGUUGCGAUGGGGGGUUUUGCGGGAUUGAUGACUUGGUGGGGGGGUGUUUGUUGGCUGACGUUCAAGACGUCGUACGGGUGGGAUACUAUGGAGCCAGUUACUUAUUUGGCUGGAAUCUUCAUAGUGAUAGUUGGUUAUGGCUGGUUCCUGUACUAUAGACGGGAGGUGUCGUACCGAGCUCUAUUACACAUGACGGUAAAUUCACGGCAGAUGAAACUCUAUAAACAACGCGGAUUCGAUAUAGACCGUUGGGAAGACCUAGUGAGUGAUGCGCGGUCACUGCGGCGGGAAAUCAAGAACAUCGCGGAUCAGUACGAUGUCAAGUGGGAUGAGAGAAAUGAUGAGGCAGGAGGAGAGAAGGUAUUGAAGGUAUUGAAGGAGGCAGAUGAGAAAUCAAAAAAGAAUAGCGAAGUUGAUGACGAGGAGGAAAAGGAUGUGGUAGAGAUGGGGAAGGAAAAGAAGGACUUAUGA